UCUUUUGCUAAAGUAUGUUAAUUCGGAACAAAAAUGUGUUUAUAAUGGGACACAGAUGAUGGUCUCAAGGGAGUAUGUGUUGCAAUGCUAGAGAUAUAGAUUAGCUGAACUUUGCAAUAAAAAAUGUAAAAUGAAAAAUAAAUAGGCAAAUAGAUAUCCAAAUAUGCAUGAUAUGUCUUGACUCCAAGAUCACCACAUAACAUAAUAAAAGGCCUAAUUAUGCUAGCACUACUCUCUAAUCUUCCCUCCUAAUAUCAGUGAAUGGAAAAGGAUGACUUGUGCUGAAAAGCUUGCCCAUCUUACCAAAUUUUCACAUUCGAAAUGUUCCAUUGUGCACCACAUGAUGCAAAAUAAAUUUUAGGUCAUUGUCAAGCUGUCGUCAUUGUAUCAGAAAAGCUGGAUACUUUGUUUUCCUCUGGAAUCAUUCAAGAUUGCUUGGCAUUGGCCAAAUGGCCUGAGGCGUAUCAUCUUCCUUAAUGAUGGUCUGGCUAGCCAUGGAUAUAGUAUUUUAUGAAAGAGCUAUCCAAACCUAAAGCAACGCAAGCCAGAGAAGUAGUGCUCACCAAUUAAAAAGAAUGGCAUUCAAGUGCGGUCCUAGGAAUGACACUGACCCAGGACUUUCUUUUGGUACAGAGAGGAAGCUUUAGAGAAUUCUAAAUCCACAUUUUGCUCUUUCCUCCAACGCAAAGUGGACGUGGCCAACCUUUUUGAUUUCUUUAUUGGUGCAGACAACUUCUAGUUCAGUUUUAAAACACCAUAAACAUGUCCUUUCCAAUCUCUAGCUAGCAGCCAUGGCUGAUGAGCCACCUGUUGUUUCUGAAAUGGUUAAAUCUAGGAUGUCAAAAUCACCCAUAAAUGCUUAGUUUUGUUUGUGUUUAUCAGAGAUGUGGGAGGGAGGGAGAAAUAACUCAUUCUGAAUGGUUUUAUUCUUAAAGAUAUGCUCAGGCUAGCUUAAGCUCCAACAACUCUGUCCCUCAGGAGGACCCAGUUGUUACUGUUGGUUGAACAGCAAUAUCUUGGUUGAAUAUUUAUCUUUGACAAAAGAGAUUAUACAUAUCCAUUCUUAAAUGAUGUGUCGGCAGGGUGUUCUAUCAGAUUCUGCUAGUUUAAUGCAAGCUCAAAACUGUUAGCUAAUAUGAAGACUCCUAUUAAAUGAACUCUUAAAUUUAAGGAAGAGUGCUUGAGGGGAAAAAAAAAAAAAAUCUUAAGCAAUGAGCACAAAACUAAAUUACCUUAUAAAGAUAUUCCUAGAUUCAGAAGAAUGCGUAGCUAACCAAUUGAAUAACUCUCAAUCAGCUGGCAAUUAUCCGAAUUAUGUUUCGAUUAUUCAAUCAUUUAUGCAGCUCGGCAGUUGACUUGAAACACUGGAGCAUCAUCAAUUAAUUGAGAAGAUCAAACCAGGUGGAUAUAGAUGGAAUAAUGGAUCAUAAACAUCACUUUCUCUCUUUCUUUUUUUUACGAAGAUCAUAAACAUAGCUGCAAUCAAUUUGACAGCAAAAAUUGGAUGUUCUACUCCAUUACUAAUUCAUGCUACGUGUUGGUUAAACAAGAGAUGGACGGCAUAAAAUAUAAUCAAAGGGAAUCUAUGGAGCUAAUGCAGCAGCUUUGUACUUCUCCAAUCCACGACCAAUCGUUAAACUUAAUAUAACUGACACUUAUUAUCUAUGCAGUCGAGUGGAUGCUUAGUUUACAAACUAUUGCUACUUCUGGUCAUCUCCUUCAAAGCUUAAACAAUGAAUAUAGAAGACUAAUAAUAUCAUUAAAAGAAUAGUUAGAGAUGUAAGCCUAGUUUGGGAGUCAUGUACAGGAAUGAGAGGGAUAGAAUAGCUCUAAAGUAAGGUUUCCCAAAUAUACAAUGGAUUUAAUUGCAGCAUUCCCUCAACUUUAAGUUUUGUUGAUGGAAUAUUAAACCUCGAAUUUAACAGACUAAGGUGGUAUGUUAUGGGAAUAUUGGCAUCUUAUCUUCCUGGUUCUUACCUUGCAAAAAUAUAUUUUCUUGCUUUCUUUCUGUUGAAGAGUCAUGCUAAACUAAACAUUCAGGAGGUGUGCUAGCAGCUAAAGUUAGUUUAGGUACUUUAAUCAUAAGUUAAUCUUCCUUUUUUAUGCUGUGAACUCCCACCCAUCGAAGAAGAUUUUAAUAUGGCGAGUCCUCGUUGAAGCUAUCCAUGUCAUGAGGGAGAGCCAAAUUCAAACAUUUUGUUCUUAAAGCAAUCUUUAAUGUGCAUCAACAAAGAAACCAACAAAAAAAAAAUAUUAAUGCCUGUUUUGGUUUCUAGCACGUCACUUUCUAUUAACUGAAAAAGAAAUCAUAUAGUAUGUGGUGGUGAUCAAUUAGCAUGAUAGAGCUUCUGUAACCGAUAUAUUAAGCAUAUAAACUAUACUGAGACACUAAUGCGAAGGCAAUUCACUCUAUUCUCCUAAUGGAAAAAGUUCAUCCUUCUUUAGCAUCGUUGCCUCUUCCUUCCUUGUUGGACCACAUAAGCUCAGAGAGAGAAGUCUUCACCAUAUGGAUGAAGUCGCUCGUGUUUCAUGGCAAUGGCUGCACUGUCUAUGACUCCAGGGGGAACAUUGUUUACCGUGUCGACAAUUACGACUGCAAGUGUAGUGGCAAAGUCUAUCUCAUGGACCUUAGUGGCAAGGUUUUGUUCAAGAUACUUAGGAAGAAAUUUAGAGUCUGUGGAAGAUGGGAGGGCUAUAAGUGCUACAGUUCACAGAAUGAAGAAAGCAAGCCAUGGUUCAAGGUCAGGAAACCAUGGAGUAUUUUGAGAGAUGAGCAACCAUCUUGUGAAGUUUGGAGUGACGAGGGUGCGCUCAUGUGUUAUAAGAUAGAUGGAUUGGCUAGCAAAUCAUCUUAUAAGAUUGUAGAUAUCUCUUCAGGACUCAUCGUCGCAGAGGUAAAGAGGAAGCAAACCACAUCAGGGAUAUUACUGGGUGAUGAUGUUCUGACUCUGAUGGUGGAACCCAAUAUAGACCAUUCCCUUAUCAUGGGACUGGUGGUGGUGAAUGGCCUAAUGAAUCACAACAUGUGAAGCUUGGGGAAGAUCUUUCAAGAGCUUUUGUGUAUUUUGGGAAGUGUAGCUCUGAAUUUGAGUGGAAACUCAAGUUUUGAAGUCUUUUCUCUCUCUUUUUUCCCCUUUCUUGGAUGACCAAGAAUUUUUGAGUCUGCUAAGAAACCCUGAAUACCUCAGGGGUUUUGGUAGAUCUUGUACAAAUAUGUUCUACGAAGAUGGGUUUUUUGGGGGCUUGCCUCUCUUGUUUGUUCCAUAACAGCAAAGGCUCAGAAUAUGUUUAUCUAGCAUUUACUUCAGCUAUAAACACACUUCAUUGGUAGAUUAUC